GUGGUGGGUAGUUCACGAUGUUUGUAUGAAGCGAAAAGUGAGGCUCCUCUGGACGAGGAUGCCCGUUGUGGUUCUGAUAAUAAAUGGCGGGCGGAUGAAGUGCCGGAUUGUGCUGUUAUUUCGCCUCCUCGUGAUGAUUCAACUACUAAUGAAAUUAAUAUAUUAACCACGGUUCAGACGACUAUCAAGGAAAAUAAUUCUCGGAAUAAUUUCUUCUGGUUGGUGAUUGUAGCAAUAGGGGUAGGA